AUCUACGAAGAUGACGCCCAACAGCAUCAGAGGGACAGAGAUGAGGUUCCUCAUGGUGGUAGCAGUGGCCUUCAGCCUGCCUCUUCGCCCUUUCGCUGCCUCAACUGAUCAGCACCAUCAUCGAUCCGUCAGGGAAACACUGCUCUUCAACAUAGGCACCACCCCGGAUCCCAACCAAUGCACAACACCAGACGGCUUAGAGGGAACUUGCAUAGACCUAAUCUCCUGCGACGAGCUGUACACAAAGCUCAGGUCUAGUCCUACGCCUGAUUUUAUCAAUUUCCUCAGAAAGAGCAUAUGUCGCUACGAGAAGACUACGCCCGUCAUCUGUUGCAAGAAGACUCAGCCGGUGAUAAGCACUGCUGAGCCUGUCAACAUAACAGGUGAACCUGAAACGACCACGCACGACGUGACCACAGUUGCAACUACAGAGGCACCGCCCACCACCCUACCACCGCCCACAGGGGAGAAAUUGUUACCGGAAACCUGUGGUGCUGGAUUGGACAUCGCCCUUCGUAUCGUAGGGGGUACACCGGCGCCCGUAGGUCGGUAUCCUUGGCUGGCUGCCCUGGGAUUCGAGGACGGCAAGGGCGUGGUCGAGUUCCUGUGCGGAGGUGCCCUUAUAACGAACCAACACAUCGUCACGGCCGCUCACUGCGUCAGGAACAGGAAUGACUUGAAGGUAGUGAGACUAGGGGAACACAACUUGUUGACCGACACGGACGGACCUCAUGAGGAUUUCGGCAUCGCAGUGCGGAUCGUCCACGAGAACUUCAACACAGUCUCCUUCGCUAACGACAUCGCCAUCCUGAAGCUGGACCGGAAGGUCACUUUCAGAGAUCGAAUCAGGCCUAUCUGCUUGCCUCUGGAAGGACCGUUCACCUCCGAAGAGCUGGUUGCCAAGAGGGACCCGGGCAUUGUUGCAGGAUGGGGCACCGUAUCCUACAAUAACGUCUCCUCAAGCAUUCUGCUUCACGUGCAGUUGCCAAUUAUCCCGGAGGCGGAAUGCAAGUCGAAGUACGAAGCCUUCAAGCAAGUGGUGAUAGACACCACAACUCUUUGCGCAGGCAGAGGAGGAAAGGAUGCUUGUCAGGGAGAUUCUGGUGGCCCCAUGAUGUACGUCCACAACAAGAAGGCCUACAUAGUCGGCGUGGUCUCCUUCGGGUUCAGAUGCGCCGAACCCAAGUUCCCCGGGGUUUAUACCCGCGUCCAGCACUAUAAGGAGUGGGUUUUAGCCCACCUGAACUAAAAAAAAAUCCCCUCUUGGAUAACAAAUUGGUGGUUUUUGUAAACUGGGUUUAAGAGCUUUUCGUAUAGCAAGUAUUUGGACGAGUGUAAAUCUUCACUUUCGAAAAUGAUAUUUUCCAAAAUGGACUUCUGAGUAGGCCUGCUGUCUUCAGAUAUCAUUUCUUUAUCAGAUUCAUGAUUUAACAUUGUCAGCGUCUCCACUUUUAUGUCAUGUGAUAGUGGUUCAUUGUUUACUGCUGGUCUGUUGGUGGAUUUUUCAAUAUGAAGUAAAAUUUGUUUGUAUGACCGUCACGCCGUCGCCAGAGGCAUUUACCCUUCUUCCCAAUCUUAUACUGCCCGCGAUGCUAUUAUGUUUGUGUAAAUCAGUUCUUAUGUCUUAUUUCCUUUCUCUUAAGAUAUUUUGUAAGAAGCUUACAAUGUCUUGAGCUUCAAGAUUCACAAGAAGCUGUCUCUGUCUGAGCUUCCAGAUUCACAUUGCUGAAAGGCGUCUGGUAAAAAAAGUGGAUAUUCACUGCUCUAUAUCAUUCUUGCACUCUUGCAUCAGAGAGUAAAGUUCCUUCAAGACUUAAUCACUGUCAGAAGGUUCUUCUAAGGUUCAGUGUUCAGUCCUGUGGGAAUUCUGAAAGAUUACUACCCCAUGGAUUGUCAAUUCAUCACCAAACCAUUUCUCCAGUCAGUUUUCAGGUCAAAAACCAGUCACACUCCCAAAAAAAUUGCUGGUUCUGUAUGAAUUAAUCACAUUCAUUUCACAGACAGAAGUAGAAACUAAGCCUUGGAGAAUCACACUAACAUUCCAAGCUCAAAGUGACCAUGGAAUAGCACUUUCCAAAAUCAGGACAGCUUGGGUUAAAACUGAAAUCUUAAGGAAACCCUCACCAUUUCUGCAUGUAGUCACCUGCACGAGUCUCUCUCUCUCUUCUGCUGUUCAAGUUUUCAAUUGGUAGUUCUCUGAAGGGGGAAUUGUAAUCUGUUCUGUACUACGUACUGUGAGGAAUGUUUUAAUUGAAAUCAAGACUGUGAAAUUC